AUUGAGUUCGCGUUCACGUGACUAGCGUCACAAUCACGUGGCAUAUGAAGCGGAAAAAUGGCCGACGUAGACACAAAAUCUUUAAACGGAUUGUUGAAUGGCAUAGCACAAAUUGUAUAUUAUAAUAAUAAUGAUAUAACCGAGGAGCUAUUAAAAAGUGAGCUUUAUCCAGACCUAACACCGGAGGACUUUCAUGCGCUCCACGAAAAGAUGAAGGGUCUUUUAAAGUCUGUUGCUACUGCUGACAUGGAUCAAUCUCAGCUGGAGGCUUUCCUCACAGCCCAGGCCAGGAAGCGGGGCACAGGGGGUGUGAGUACCGAGCAGGCGGCCGUUCUGUCCCGCUUCUGGAAGGGCCACCGGGCCCGGGUGAGGGAGAGCCUGUUGAAUCAGAGUCGCUGGGAGCCCAGCCUGAAGGGCCUCACCUGGAGGGUGGACCUCCAGGCCUCGGCCAGCAAAGGGGAGGCCACCAACAGCCCUGUGGCCUUGGUGGAGCUGGAACUGGGCAGGGCUGGAGAGGACUCAGACUUUGUUUGUCUGGAGUUUGAUGAGGCAAAGGUAAACCAGGUGCUGAAGAAGAUGGCUGACAUCCAGGAGAGCAUCGACACAAUCGUGCAUCGCAGCUAGGGUCCGAGCGCGUGUGUGUAAACGGAAAGCGAGGAGGUCCCCCACAGUUUCCUGGUUUUCCCCGUUUUUACCAAAAUUCCAUAAUUUGGACAAAAAAACAUUAUCUUGCCAUUAAGCAGAUUGGAUAAUGUGGACCUUAUUUACUGUAAACACUGGUUUACACUGACCUAGUGUAUUUCUCUGUAGUCUGAAAUAACCCCUAUUUAUUUUUAAAGGGCAUAUUGUGCCAUCAGUAUAGAGUUGCUAUGAAGAAUACUCUUCUUUUAAUGUACAGAACAUGCAGUACUGUUAAACGUAUAACUAAUCUACAAUGGUGGAAGCCCGCUUCAUACUCUGUCUGUCAAUUUUACUUUCUCUCAUUUAGAUCUUGACCCUUAAACCACAACUGCACGUUAAUAAAUGAACUGUUUUAUGAUUGGUGCAAAAACCUGCUUAUUUUCAUUCAAGCAGUACUCAGUGAUAGUCGUCCCAGUAAAACAAUGUAUUUUGCUGAUAAGUCAGCAUGCACAACGCAGUUGAUGUGCUUUAAAUGAACAGAAAAUCUCUCCAUGCGCUACGUUAUUAUCGACUUUCCUUCCAGGGGAAUGGGCUUCACCAGCUCUUCGAAACCUUCCGACUGCUAGAACCGGCCUGAACGUCCUGCACUGGGAAAUUUGGUGAGGAGAAAAGUUAAAAAAAAAAAAAAAAAACAAUGUAGAUGGCAACAAAGCUGACAGGAUGGUCUGUUCUACAGGAAAGACAAACCUAUCUGUCGCAUAUGGAAAAUCUGUAAAAUGAUCUGAACAGUUGGGAAAGUCGUCUGCUCAAAGGCACGUUUUGGAAAGCAGACUUUCAACUUGCACUCAAGUUAAACUGGACACUAUUACACGUUAUUGCCACCUGUUUCUCAAAUUUGCAGAAUGCAGUUCAACCCAAUUAAAUAUCUAGCUGAAGUCUACGAGCAUUACAAGUCCUAGCAAGUGUCAAAACUCAUGUUUCAUUUGGUCUUCCACAUAAAAAAUCAUUAUAAAAGGUACAUUUGAUAAGAUAUGUUUGAUUUCCACGAACCCUAAGUCAGUAUCUUUGUUCGUCCUUGUUGCUAUUUUCUUGCUCAAUGACUAGAUUGUAGUUUAUCUUGUUCCCUGACUUGGUAGCUAGCAGCACUGUGUGAGAAUCAUGCCUACUGGCACUGUAACUGUUGCACAAGGAGGGGAGAGGAGUUCGGCUUGCCUGGCUGGCAGAAUGGAGAGUGUGCAUAUUGAUAAGGGUUUGGAUAAGGUGGGAAAAGUGAAUAAUUUGUCAACGUGUAAAAAAACAGCCCUUCUGAUAGACAUCUGACCACGCCAUUCUGCUUCUAUCAUUCUGUUUGCUCAACCAGGAUGUUUUCAACAGUGUGAGGAUUUUGGAGGCUAAGAUAGCUAUUGCAAGAUAGUUGAUAGUGUGGUUAGUUAACCAUUUAUUUUUGUAUGUGUGUUCAGGGACUUGUCUUGCUGGGGCUUUUGUCAAGAUUUACUUGUUGCCAUGUGUUAGCCGUCUGGUUGAGGCAACCAGGUUUUUGGCUAAAAUGUCCUGGUACUAGGUAGUUCAUAAUGUCACUGAAAUUAAAAUGGGCCUCAAGACCACUGGAAGCAAAACCUUAAAAUCAAAGAUCCAACACUAUAUAUUAGGGUAGAUUAUGAGGUAGUUUGCCUUGACACCAUGUUUUGUUGUGGUGUAUUGAUAAAAUACCAUUAAUUCCCAAGGUUACUUUUUGAUAUUAAAAACUGGUUACCAACGCAAUUAGAGCAGUAAAAAGUGGGUUAAUUAGAGCUGUAAAAUGUCCUGUUAUACCUGCAGUAAUAGUCUAAUACCACAGUCUCAGGCAAUCAGAGUUAGGGAUUUGAACCACCUUGUUAAUUGUUUUUUAGUAACAAUAAAAAAAAAUAUGAAGUUCAACAAACAUUUUUUUCUUCUUAUUGGAGUUUUUUUUGUGCUUUUGCCCAUUGCGAUAGAUGACACAUUUAUUCAGCACCUGGCAGUCAUCUGUCACCAAGGUAAACAUUUCAACCAUGAGUAUCUGGAAGGAAUUGUAUUAGCUGUACAGAAUUCUGUAAUGUUAACUUGAUCACCUUUUAUACAGCAAAAUAUGUAAUCCAAUGUUCUGUGUUGAACUUGCACAAACAGACUUUGCGUACUGAAAAUGUUAGUUGAGAGGUGUGUCCUCAUGCAACCAAGGCAUUGGCAGUUUCUCAUUGUUUUUCAGGAAACUUAUCCAUUUGUUUUUCACCUAAAUAUUGUUGCUUACAAUAUUCUAUAAAGGGGUAAAAAAAACUUAAACCUAAACACAAGCUGCAUAUUCAAAGAGGUUGUGUGGAGUUGAUAUGUACUUUAUCUCAACAUUUUUUGUCCCUAGUUCACAGAGAGUUGCUAAAGUUGGGGUGAAAGCAGGGUAAAAAAAUAAAAAAGAGAGUUUAAUCAGCUGUCCAGGUGGUUAGCCUCAGACAGUCCCACAGUUUCUUAAACUGAGUUGGCAUGGUUAUUUGUGGUCUGCACUUGUGAGGCCUGUUGGACAUACUGACAAAUUCUCUUAUGUUGGAGGCUUACGGAAAGAAAUGACCAUUAUAUUCCCAGGCAACAGCUCUGGUGGACAUUUCUGCGGUUGGAUAAGUUUUAUCCAUCCAAACCUGAGACAACUGUGGUGUUGUUUUGUGACAAAACUGCAUAUUGAGUGGCCUUUUUUUGUCCCAAGUAAAUAAUGCACCUGUUUAAUGUUAUUUAAUCCCUGUGUUGUGCAUAAAAACAUCCCUGAGCUGUAGUAUAUUGGCCAUGUUAUUGCAUCAAUAAAGUCAAGUGUGCCCUGAA